CCACAUGAUCUCUCUCAUAUGCAAAAAUCCUCAUCUCCCAUACGCCCUAUAAGAAGCUCCUGCUUCGAGACCUGUAUGAUGAGUUAGUGCACUCCGAAGAGACAACAAAGAAUAAGAGAGAGAAUUAAGGGAGGGAGGGAGGAAGAGGGAGAGGGAGAUAGAUAUGGAGAUUAUGCAAAAAAAGAGCAUAAGUGAGUGCAGUGGAGAGAGGAUUAUGGAGGAUGAAGAUGGAGGCGGGACGGCCCUUCCAGGUUUCCGGUUUCACCCAACGGACGAAGAGCUCGUUGCGUUUUACCUCAAGAGGAAAGUGGAGAAUAAGCCGCUCAGCAUCGAGCUCAUCAAGCAUGUCGAUAUCUACAAGUACGACCCUUGGGAUCUUCCAAAAGUAAGCACCGUUGGGGAGAAAGAAUGGUACUUCUUCUGCAUGAGAGGGAGAAAGUACAGGAACAGCAUAAGGCCCAACCGUGUCACAGGGUCCGGGUUUUGGAAAGCCACCGGCAUUGACAAGCAGAUACACGCGGCCAAAGAGCCCCACGACUGCAUUGGCCUCAAGAAGUCCUUGGUCUACUACUGUGGAAGCGCCGGAAAAGGCACGAAGACCGACUGGAUGAUGCAUGAGUUCCGGCUCCCGCCAUCGGGGAAAACCGCCCAUGAUAGUCUCCCCUCAGACAAGAGCACUGCUCAAGAAGCGGAGGUCUGGACGCUAUGCAGGAUUUUCAAGAGAAUCCCAUCACACAGAAAGUACACGCCGAACUUGAAAGAGCACAUCACCACCCUCAAGCAGAACCCGACUGACUCAAGCUCUAACACAAGCAGCUUCGAAACUGAAUCAGCUGAGCAGUACGUGAGCUUUGGGGAUUCGGCCGUCGUCGCCCACAAUGAGAUGAAGCCGGUCAUCCUGGACCGUUUUGACGACCGGAACUACCUGCUCUUUGCUCAAUUGAACUCGAUAUCUCAGGCGCCCUUAGCAGCACCGGGCUACUCCGGACUCUGGAAUCUGCAUGGAGAGGACCUUCUCAUGCACGGGAACUGCUGGGACGAGCUAAGGUCAGUAGUUGAGCGAGUCGCCAUCAAUCCUUGCCAAGCUUUCGACCAGAGAUAAAUGCGAAAGCAACAUCUCUUCAUCAAUCGAGCUGGUACGCCCUUCUCUCGGGAGAGGGGGGGAUCAUAUAUAUCUGUGAAUCUGCCAAAUAAAAAAGGCUUCCGUUAGGCGGCCUUGAUAUGGUUUCCGCCAAUAUCAUGGAUAAGUAGGCAUACACUGUGUAAAGGCUCUAACUUCCUCACAACAUAAAGCCACGAUUGAUCUGUAUUGUUUGAUGUGUCUGUAGAUAGGAGGGAACGAACUUAUACUGAUCAAAGCUUCUAGUUUACAGCAUUAUUCGAUCGA